GUCAUGUGACUGCUUGCCACGCCAUCUCCAUAAACAGUUCUGAACAAAUAACAAUGCAGGUUACGGGAAAAACAAAGUCUGAGGAUGGGACAGCACAUCAGUGAAGAGUCGACAAAGGUAGAGAUUGACGUUGCUGAGCUCCAGGAAUGGUACAAGAAGUUUGUUGUGGAAUGCCCCAGUGGGACUCUCUUUAAGCACGAGUUUAAACGAUUCUUUGGUGUGAGUGACAAUCAAGAAGCAGCCGAGUACGUUGAAAACAUGUUCAGGGCUUUUGAUAAGAAUGGGGACGAAACUAUUGAUUUCUUGGAGUAUGUGGCAGCACUGAAUCUUGUUUUACGCGGGAACCUUGAGCACAAACUGAAGUGGACAUUUAAAAUUUAUGACAAAGAUGGAAAUGGAUGCAUUGACAAAGCAGAGCUCUUGGAGAUUGUUGAGUCUAUUUACAGGUUGAAGAAAGCAUGUCGAGCAGAUAAAGAAGACGGCAUUCCAUUACUGACUCCAGAACAAGUAGUUGACAGGAUAUUCCAAUUAGUUGAUGAAAAUGGAGAUGGUCAGCUGUCACUGAAUGAGUUUAUUGAUGGCGCACGAAAAGAUAAAUGGGUGAUGAAAAUGUUACAGAUGGAUGUGAACCCCGGCACCUGGAUUUCAGAGCAAAGGCGGAAAAGUGCCCUGUUUUAGUGGACGAGUAUCCAGUUCUUAUUCAACUUUGCUCUUAUUCUGCUUGCUGCUAAUACCUUCGUUCACAGCUAAUUGCAGCUAAAUGUCUAAUAUUGCUUGCAUUAAAGACAGUGAUGAAUGCUCUCUGGUGUUCUGUACUAAUGCAAGGAGCUGCUACUAAAGAAGCUCAGUGGUGCAAGACGCUUGGCAGGAAUGAAUGCUUCCUCAAAUGUAUGGCCACAUGAUACAAUACUACACCUGGUUAUGUUGUAGUAAUGCAUUAUAUGUCAAGUGUAUUAUAUGAGUUGUUGUUGUCUUUUGGCUUUUCCCGGUUAGGGGUUGCCACAGCGGAACUCUGGUCUGCUAAUGAUUGGCAGUAG